UCCUCCUCCCACUUCGCCUUUCUUUCUUUCUUCUUCAAAUCUCUUUGCUUCCUUCAAAGUUCUUUCCUUGCAAGAAAGAAACUCUCUGUCUCUUUCUCUCUCUUUGGCCUGGCCCUUUCUUUGUCUUUCUGGGUCAUUGUUAUUGGGCCAUUUUCUUCUGGUGUUUUAAUCAAAAAUGGAAAAAUUUGAGGACCGCUACAGGCAGGCACAGAUGCAAAAAUAUGAGUGCCUUCUGUUUGAUCUUGAUGAUACCCUUUACCCCCUUAGCUCUGGGAUUGCCAAAGAAUGCCGCAAGAAUAUAGAAGAUUACAUGGUUGAGAAGCUUGGUAUUGACAAGAGUAAAAUUGAUGAUUUGUGUAACCUACUUUACAAGAACUAUGGAACUACAAUGGCUGGUCUCAGGGCAAUUGGCUAUGACUUUGACUAUGAUAAAUAUCACAGUUUUGUUCAUGGCAGAUUACCUUAUGAGAACAUAAAACCUGAUCCUGUUUUGAGGAGCAUUUUGCUUAGCCUUCCUUAUAGGAAAAUUAUAUUCACAAACGCAGACAAAAUUCAUGCUGCUAAAUCACUAAGCAGGCUUGGUUUAGAAGAUUGUUUCGAAGGGAUCAUCUGCUUUGAGACCCUGAAUCCCAUCCACAAGAACACUGUCUCUGAUGAUGAAGAUGAUGUUGAAUUUGUGGGAUCAAGCAGCAGUACCAAUACUUCAACCACAACUAGCAGCAGCAGCUAUGAAAUUUUCGACAUCGUUGGGCAUUUUGCCAAUUCUAAUCCCAUUUCAGCAUUACCAAAAACACCAGUUGUCUGCAAACCCCAAGAGCAAGCCAUUGAAAGAGCUCUCAAGAUGGCCAAUGUUAACCCUCAAAGAACGAUGUUCUUUGAUGAUAGUGUUAGAAACAUCCAAGCUGGAAAACGUGUGGGCCUUCAUACUGUGCUGGUUGGCACUUCUCAGAGAGUUAAAGGUGCAGAUUAUGCAUUAGAGAGCAUCCAUAACAUAAGGGAGGCGUUGCCAGAGCUUUGGGAGGUUGAACUGAAAUCAGAAGUUGUUUACUCUGGACAAGUUGCUGUGGAAACCUCAGUCACAGCUUAAGAAGAUGAUGAUUAAUCUGUGUUGUGAAAAAAAAAAAAAAAAAAAAAAAAAAAAGAAAGUCCCUAUCAUCGCCUACCCUUCGCAUAUCACAUUGUGCACAUGACGAUGAUAUCUUGUUCUGAUUAUUAAUCAAUUAAAUACCAAAAAGGAAAAACAUAAAUAAAAAUAUUUCAUCUUCC